GAACUUACAAUAUUCUCCCUCCACCAUUAAUUACCUCUCCUCCUCCUCUUCUUUAUUUUCCCCCCUUUUGUUUUCUUGGUAUAUAUAAAUACAUGGAGUUGUUCAGCCCAAAGAUAACAAUUACUGCAAAAUUAAUGCUUCUUCUCCUUUUUCUUCUCCUCUCUCUCUCAACCAUCAUCAAUCAACCUCCUCUUGCUUUGGAUGAACUCGGAACGCCAUUGGGUGCGGCGGUGGAGGUGGGUUCUUAUUUCCAGACGAAUCAAACAAGAUCACACAUGACUAUUUUUAGACUUACACAUUGAGAGAAUUUGAUGAGUCAAAGUGCUUAGAUGAACAGUUCCAAAAGUCAAAAGUGGACAAACACUCAGGGACGGACCAAAUUCUAACAAUGUAUCUGCAGCAGAAGAAAACGGUGAAGGGAAGGGACAGGACGCCGCCAGCAACCGCCACCGGUGGUGGCGGUUCGAGGAGGCUGUUGAGCGGGCCGGGUUCAUUUCCGCCACGAUGUACCUCGAAAUGCGGGAGAUGCGUGCCGUGCAAGCCGGUGCACGUGCCCGUGCCGCCCGGAACGCCGGUCACGGCGGAGUACUACCCCGAAGCUUGGAGGUGCAAAUGUGGGAACAAGUAUUACAUGCCCUAGUUAGUUAAUUGCUCCAUGGCCAUCUAUCCCUUUAAACAUAUUUUUGAAAAAAAACUAUAAUAUAUAGGUGCUGGGUAU